AUGCAUCCUUCAAAUACAGAUGAUGAACCUGGACAUCAUAUUGAUGGAAGAACACAAUGUUUUAAUCAAGAUUGUCCCGGAUAUGCACAAAUCAGUUAUGAGAUACCUCUAGAUUGGACCUUCGUUAAUCCAGAUGGAAAAAACUAUUCCGAAAAUUUGCGAAUCAGUAAGUUACAGUUCUGCAAUGCCAGUGCCUCCAGCUGCUUGGCCAAUUCCACCUCGUCCCCAGCCCUGCCCUACCCACAACAUCCAGCUGUUUCAGUUCCUCCUCCUCCCCCAUUGGGUUAUGCACAACAACCAUUGUUUCCUGUGCCGAAUGCGAGGCCUCCUUUGCAGUCACCGGCAUCAUCUGCACUACAGCCUUCACAGAUAACUCCUCCAGGACUGCCCGUGUCCACCCCUUCUGCCCCUGUAUCACAACCAUUGUUCCCUGUUAUUGUGAACAAUAAUAUACCUACUCAAAGUUCACCUUUUUCUGCUCCUGUGCUUUCAACAAGUAUUAUGUCAAGCUCUCCAGCAGAACUUAAAGGCUCAAUUGAUCCACAUUCAGGUGCUAAUGCUUUGGUGACAAGUAACUACCAAGCACCUAACAUUCCAGGUGGGCCGUUGAGCAAUUCCCAUUCUUAUGCAUCUGGUCCAAAUACUGGUGGUCCUUCAAUUGGACCACCCCCAGUAAUUGCAAACAAAGCUCCUGCCACUCAGCCAGCCACUAAUGAAGUCUAUCUAGUUUGGGAUGAUGAGGCAAUGUCCAUGGAGGAAAGAAGAAUGUCCCUAACGAAGUAUCAGGUGCAUGAUGAAACUAGCCAGGUAAGUUAUACUACCUCUUUAAUAUAUGGAGAUGGUUUCGCAUCUAACCCAAUGGGUAGGCUUUACUUUUCGUGUUUUCAGAUUCAAUUCUUUACGCUUUCUUUCCUAUUUGGAGAGGUAUUUUCUGUAUGAAUCUUCAAUUGCUUCCUCUUUAAAAGAACA